AGAAAUCCCCAACUCCUUGCCCUCCCCUCCCAAAUCUGUCUGUCCCCAACCCUAGCCCCCAACUCCACUCCUUCAUCAGCAAGCCAAGAAGCAUGGCGCCGGCGGCCGGUCGCGGGCGAGGACGAGGACGGGCCCGGGGACGAGGCCGCGGCCGUGGGCGUGGCCGAGCGGCCAAGACCCCGCCGCCUCCCGCCGCAGAACCCGCGCCGGAGGAGGCUCCCGACGCCGCCCAGCAGGAGCAGGAGCACGAGCAGGAGCAGCUCACCCACACCCAAGAUGCCGCCGCCUCUGCCUCUGCUUUUGCCGGGCGAGAGACGAUUGAGAUCUCUGACUCGCCAGACGCAUCCCCGCAGCACUGCGCCUCCUCGCCAGACAUAUCUAGCUCAACCACAGUCCACCAGCACAUCAAGGAGGAGGAGCCAAGCUCAAUCACACUGCUCCACAACAAACCCCAUGAGCUGCUGAGUGAGGCCGACAUGCCGUCUGCGUCUGCGUCUGCUACCAAUAAUGAUGAGCAGCAGCAGCAGGAGAAAAUGGAGGUGGAGGCUGGAGAGCCUCAUGAUACGCCCGCAGAGGAACAAGAAGAAGAAGCAGUCCCUACACAAGAAGAACAAGAGGCAGCAACAUACGCAGACAAGCAAACGGUACAGAACGAGGCAGCACAGCCACAGGUGAUAAUAGAGCAGGAGGGUGAAAAAGCCGACGACGAUGAUGAUGUAGCGGUCAAGACUGAUGUUCCUGCACAUACUUCAAGCGCUGACACACAAAAUGAGCAACACACUCACGCUAUUAACCCACUCCACCAGGGACAAAUGCUUGCUGCAACUCAUGAUGAUAAUUCAGAAAAUAAGCACCCAUUCCACCAACAACAAAUGGAUGCUGAGCAGGAAGAGGAGGACCCUGAAGAGGUCAUUUUCGACGACUCUGUCUCUGUUGGUGAAGGGCAGGCCGCAUCUGAGAUCAAACAAGGAGAGGACGACGACGGGCAGGCUGCAGCUGAGAGCAAACAGGAAGAGCACCGUGCUAGGGCCGCGGAGGCUGCAGCUGAGGUCAAACAGCAAGAGGACGAGCGCAAGGUUAUGUCAGACAUGGCCAAGAACAGGCAGCGCAAAAAGGAGCUAGAGAUCUUUGUGGGAGGGCUGGACCGUGAAGCCGUCGAGGAGGAUAUUAGGAAGGUGUUUGCGCACGUCGGUGAUGUUGUGGAGGUCCGUCUCCACAAGGAUUUAUCCACCAACAAGAACAAGGGCUUUGCGUUCGUCAGGUUUGCAAACAAACACCAGGUGGCUCGGGCGCUUGCUGAGGUGAAGAAUCCUAUGAUACAUGGCAAACGUUGUGGUGUCGCUGCUAGCGAGGACAACGAUACACUCUUCUUGGGCAAUAUUUGCAAUACGUGGACAAAGGAAGCUAUUAAGAAGAGGCUGCUUGACUAUGGGGUAGAAGGAGUUCAAAGCUUAACUCUUGUUCCUGAUACUCAAAACGAAGGCCAGAGCCGUGGUUUUGCAUUUCUCGAGUUUUCUUGCCACGCGGAUGCGAUGCUUGCAUUCAAAAGGCUGCAGCAACCAGAUGCUCUAUUUGGUCAUCCUGAGAGAACUGCAAAAGUUGCUUUUGCAGAGCCAAUAAAAGAAGCAGAUGCAGAAGUUAUGGCCCAGGUCAAAUCAGUUUUUAUUGAUGGGCUUCCACCAUACUGGGAUGAAGAGCGUGUUAAAAACCGAUUCAGAGCUUAUGGUUUGAUAGAACGGGUUGUGCUUGCUCGCAAUAUGUCUAGUGCUAAAAGAAACGAUUUUGGAUUUGUCAACUUCUCGACCCAUGAGGAGGCUCUUGCUUGUAUUGAAGCCACCAACAACACCGAACUGGGUGAUGAUGGAAAAGCAAAGCUAAAAGUAAGGGUUAGACUUUCGAACCCUCUACCUAAAAGUCAGGCUGUGAAAGGUGAAAUGAGUGGCGGGUUUCGAAUUGGACAUCCUGGUUCUGGUUUUAACAGGCCUGGUAGAGGUUUUAAUAGGGGAAGAGCUGCCCCUCGCCGGGAAGGUUUCCAUGGUGAUAGGGGUUUCAAUACUCAUACUCCUGGUCGUGGUGGCAGAUUUAAUUCUGCAUACAGUAACAACAGUUUUGAAGCUUCACCCUCUGAUUUCCGAGCCAGGCAGGCUCCUCCUGCCUUUCGAGGGGGUAGAUGGGAACCUUCCUCAGGAAGGCAGCAUGAUUUCUUUGAUAGAGGGCAGGGGAGAGGAUAUCAUCAUCCACCUAGAGGGCCAACAUUUGAGCCCGAGGGUGAUUUUGGUAGACCCUUUGGUGAAAACCCAUAUCUCUAUGAAGAUGUUCGGCAUGGUGCUAAGAGGCCAUAUUCUCACAUGGAACCCGGUCCUCCUGGAUACUUUGAGCAUGGUCCUCCUCGUGUGCGCCCUCGCUUUGACCAUUACGAGCAGCCGCCAUUUCCUGGAGGGAACCGUUUUGGUCAUUAUGACCAGCCACCAUUUCCUGGAGGGGACCGCGACAGAGACUCUUUUGGGACGAGGGGUGGUUAUUCACGUGAUCACUAUGGCCCUGGUCCUGGUCAUCCCCCGCCCCCUGCCCAUGCCCAUGCCCAUGCCCAUGCCCAUGCCCAUGCCCCGCCCCCUGCCCCAGCUCAAUAUGGUAGGGGUGCAUUCCGACCACACCAUAGAGGCGGCGGGCAUUCUGGAGGCGGUUAUUACCACCACUAGGUGGUAUCACAACUUGAGGUGGUGCCGCGUGACACUAGUGUUUGGUUUGGUAUGACUAGUGAGAAACAUUAUGCCGCUUAUUAGCUACUAGUACUCGCAAGUCAGUUGGUUGUUAGUUAUCUUGAUAAUUACCGUUGUUGGGGACCAAUAAUUAAUUGUCCUUGUUAAAGGACAUGUUUGGGGUCAUGAAUCUGUUGUGAGGAUAUUGGUGGAUGAUGUUAUAUGACUAGAGGCAUGACAUGGACCGACCUCUCUGUAUUUGAUUAGAUAACAUUAUGGAUUAUGGAUUUUAGACAGUUUAUUUA